CGUUGGAGAAAGAAUCAUCAGUACUCCUCGAUCGACAUAAUCUUGUUUCUUUUUCUUACUAGUUCUUACAAACCUGUGGAGACGGGGAUGAAUGCUGCCAUGACCGGUGAUUAUAGAGAAAACGGUUCUGUUGGCGCUGCUGGAGAGGAGAAACAGAAACUCGAAGCGUUAACAGAGAGCUCAGGCUUGGAAAGCACGACGAAGAACAAGGAAAACGGCGAUCUGAAGUUGGAAUCAUUAACGUCGACAACUCCGUUCGAAGCCAAACCGAAGCCGAUCAAAUCCCUGCCACUAUUGGAUUCUCUUUAUCCCAAUGGACAGCCAAGAUUCAAGCUGAUAAGGGAGUGGAGCAACGGACGGUUGAGAAUCUUCUCGGUGCCGGUCCCUAUGGUGGAGGGGCAGCGGCCAGAGUGGAGGCGUGUUUUACAGUGCCGCAGAGAAGAGUCAGAAGACGGUAAGAUAAAGAUAUCGUGGAUAGGAGGACAAGUGAUGAACGAAAGCAUGUACCGUCCUAUGAUCCCGACGGACCAGAGACAGUAGAGUUGAUGAUUUCCGGUUUUUUCAUUUUGAUUGAUCGGAGUAUGAUCGGAAAAGUUUUCUGAUUUUCUUCUUCUUAAGUUAGGCGAUGGGAUUAAAGAUUUUACAAAAUACAGAACUGCUAGAUUU